UUUUUGUAACGCCAAAGACAGAGAGAGGGAAAACAUUUUCUGAAGGAAAGAUAAAUUUAUUUUACCCGACUGAAUUAUGCUAAAUGUUCUGCGAUUCUAAGCCUGGAGAAAUUGACAGGGUCAGGGACGCAGCGUUCUAGUUUUGUGCCUUCUUCCUUUUUACUCCUUAGGGAGAAUCAGGCCGUCUUUUAGAACGAGAAGGAUAACCUUCGACACGAGGUCGUCAGCGGCAGUUGACAUUUCUUGACGGCAUUCCCGUGCCGGUUAAAGCACUGUGACGCUGGAACAGCUAGGGAAACUUAAUCAGGAGGUCGGUGUGAAGUGACAGAGCCACAGAGCCUGUGAAGCGAAGAGAGGAAGAACGCUCUCUCGCCCGUCCGCUUCAUUGCUACUGGUAGGACCGAGCAAACAGCUGACUUAUUAUCGUCAAUCCAGGCUAGUUACACAAACUCAUAGCCGGCUCAUUGAUAACGGCGAUACAGUUUACUAACUGGCAAAGUUGAGACAACACCGGUGACAUUGUCAGUUGGAAACAGAAGCGAUUUUCGCUUGGGGACGUUUUCGACAUCCUCUCUGCAAAAACAGGAGCUUUUGCUUUAGGAUAUUUACAUCGGUACGAAAGCACACUCGCCACUGUGUGUGCGGAACCAAAAAGGCAAGAAUUCAUUCAACAAAAUGUAAUUAUCCGGGAAUGAUGUCACCUGUUCAUUAAAUUUCUGAAACCGUCGAGACAGGAAUUAAUAGCAACAACAAAAUGGAACCUGGAUUUAAUAUAUACAUACAGUGCUGUUCACAGCUAAUACUUGACAUCUUACGGAAAGAAAGACAUUUUUAUUUAAACCUAAAAUGAACGAAGCGAGGAUUAACAAGUCGUGAUUUUUAAAAAAAAUAUCAAAAUCAAAAUCAUCGAAGAGAAACGCACAUAUAUUCUUGCUAGGGGGUACGAUGCGAAACUCUGAGACGGACAAAUUACGCACAGAAACGCGUACACCUCACACGGCUCGUUCAGCGUCCUCCUUCAGCGGCAGCCGGCAGAGCGCGUCAUCGGGGGAGCAGCAAUCGGCAAGACUUCGAACGCACAGUGGAUCGCCAGUUAAAACUGAUAUUCAGCAUGAUCUCAGCGACAGACGUUUGAGUGCACCCGAACUCCCACCGAUCAUGGGAGGCCCUAAGUCCCCAACUCCAGGGUACGUCAACGGCGGAACGCCGCUGUCGACGCCACGUUCUUCUGACGGGACGUCACCUGUGCCGCUUUUCAAUGGAAACAAUGGCGGCGCCGUGAGUUACCCUGUCAUUAAAAGAAAACACAAACCUGAAAGAAUUUCUCUUAACUCUCCAGUCGAUGUGCAGUUACGUACGUCUAAGUCGCCCAUGCUUGUAGACAGUAACACGUCGCCUGAAUCGACAACAAACGGUGUACGGCACCCUCAGCUGAGCCCCGGCUCAAUGUCCUCAGGGUAUGACAGCCCCAGGAGCGCCCUGCCCCCCACCCCCAAGUCCCCGGGACAUCGCCAGUUACCCCUCUCUACGGAGUUGAGGUUGGCAAGAACAAAGUCAUGGUGUCCGGGAAAUGACAAUGGCGGCCUUGCGUCGCCAAAACUUGAAACGCUGUUUGAGAAGCAGUUGUUGUCUAGUCAGAAUGAAAUUUCUAAAAGUGGUAAUAAUGUGAAAGUACGUUUACCGAGGAGUGGCGCAAAGCCACCUAUUCCCGGAAUGAGGAGAAAUUACACCCAAACCGACCUGAAAGGGACCACCAGAUCGGACCUGAAAGGGAUGUCUAGGACCCAAUCAGAACCUUUCAUAAGUGAUAUGAACAAAAAUCGUAAGCUCAAAAUCUCACAAAGUGCCAAAAAGUCAGACAACAAGAAAACCAACCACGUGAAAGUUAAAACGAACGGAAAGGCGAACCCUACCCAUUCCAAUUCUUCUAAAUCAUCCAGUUUAAGUCAGGAACGCUUGUACAUGAGGGACGUCUUAAGCAGACAACCGAGCUCAAAGGCAGACGACAGCGCGCAAGGGGAUAGCGCGGGAGAGGACGGGGAACAAGAUGAACGCAUAAUUCAGUGGUUGCUAGGGGUGGAAAGUGCUGAACAUCCACCGGAACCUGUUAUUAUUGACGAGGAACCGAGUCAAACUGACACCGCUAUACACAUCGUGUACCAGGGGGAUUGAAAAUAAAUUCUCCUCGCAGGAAUAGCUAAGCAGUUCUGGAUAUACAGGCUAUGAGCCAACUACGGGGACAGUUAUUCCAAAUCUGGAAUAAAUCCACCAAGAAAUAUUUUUUGAUUGAUUUUUUUGUUUGUUUUACGAAGGCCAUCUUUUACACAAGUGAUUUAGAUACAAAAUAUGGAGUGAAUCUUCAGUAACAUAUUUCCAGAUAAACUUUAAAAGGCACAUUUUGGCACGGGAACUUUAUGAUAUUCUUCACUAAUGACUUCACUAAUAACCCCCUUGUCCACUGUGAAUCAGUUGAGCUUAGUGUGAUAUUGACUUUGGAGUUGCUCUAAUAUACCAGACCCGUACCCAUAAAUUGUACUACUAGAGUACAGUUCAACCAGACCUCCCCCCCCUCCCC